CUCUCUCUCUUCCUCCUCCCCCCCUCUCUUUCUCUCUCAAUUCCCCUUCUACCUGUCAAUCCGUCUCCUCCGUCAUGACGGUUGUACAUCCCGAGUCCCUUGAGGACUUCGAGUACAUCGAAACUCCUCCCGCCUCGUGCGUCACUCCCGCUGAUGACUGUGGUGUGCGGACGACCUCGUACCCGGCCAUUAAAAAUGCCCCUGUACCGGCCGAUUCCCCCGGCAGCGAUAGCUUCUCCAACACUCUGUUGUUCGCCCUGUUGUUGCUGAUCCCAUGGUACUUCGCUCGCCAAGUUGGCGGUGGUUUCUACACCACCAUCUUCUUUGCUAUCUUCACCACUAUCCCCAUUCUCAUGGCCUUUUGGUCUGUAGCUUCUUCCAUCUCUCCCCGCAAGAACGAAAAGGCCAAGUAUGCCGGUCGCCCCGUCGAGUACUACCUCAGCUUCCACAGCGAGCAUGAUCGCGCUGCCUAUCGUGGCAAGAGCAAGAUCCCCAUGGAGGUUUUCUAUGAAAAGUACUUCAACGGUGAGGUGGAAUUCAAGUGUGACGCCCUGGAAGCCCUCGAGUUCCGUCACGACUGGGCCAAUUUCCGUUUCACCAUGGGUCUCUUCAAGCAUUUCCUCUUCGGUUUCAUUCCUGAGAUGAUCAUGCACACUCGCUCCCAGGAUGAGGAACAGGUUCGUGACCACUACGAUCGUGGCGAUGACUUCUAUGCUUGGUUCCUGGGUCCCCGCAUGAUCUAUACCUCUGGAAUCAUCAGCGACAUCAACCGUGAGGAGACUCUUGAGGAGCUUCAGGACAACAAGCUGGCUGUGGUGUGUGAAAAGAUUGGCAUUCAACCCGGUGACACUGUCCUCGAUCUCGGUUGCGGUUGGGGUACUCUGGCCAAAUAUGCUUCGGUUCACUAUGGCGCUCAAGUCACUGGUAUCACCCUCGGUCGUAACCAGACUGCUUGGGGUAACAAGGGUCUUCGCAAUGCUGGUGUUGAGGAAUCUCAGAGCCGUAUCCUGUGCCUCGAUUACCGUGACGCCCCCCGGGUGGACGGAGGUUACAAGAAGAUCACCUGUUUGGAAAUGGCUGAGCAUGUCGGCGUUCGUCACUUCACUACUUUCUUGUCUCAGGUCUACGAAAUGUUGGAUGAUGACGGUGUCUUCUUCCUUCAGAUUGCUGGUCUGCGUAAGUCCUGGCAGUAUGAGGAUCUGAUCUGGGGUCUUUUCAUGAACAAGUACAUCUUCCCCGGAGCCGACGCUAGCACCCCCCUUGGUUUUGUCGUCGAUCGACUGGAGGCCGCCGGAUUUGAGAUCAAGGCUGUCGACACCAUUGGCGUCCACUACUCUGCCACCCUUUGGCGCUGGUACCGGAACUGGAUGGGUAACCGUGACAAGGUCGAGGCCAAGUACGGAAAGAGAUGGUUCAAGAUCUGGGAGUACUUCUUGGCCUACUCUACCAUCACCUCUCGCCAGGGUGGAGCUACCUGCUGGCAGCUUACUCUUGUCAAGAAUAUCAACUCCACUCACCGUGUCGAGGGCAUUAAUCGUCAAUUCGGUCUCACCGGCGCCCGCCAGUCCGCCAUCGACAAUGUUGGCCACGGUGUUGUCCCCAGCGCUCACGUGCCCAAGAAGGCUUGAAGGGGUAUUCCAACACUUAUGCUGUAGGCCCUUUUGGUGCCUGGACAUGACAAAUUUCCUGUUUCCUGGUUGUUGAAGACGCAGAGUUUGAAUGACCUGGCAAGAAUGGAUAUGGUCGCAUGAAUUUUCUUCAAGGUGGAGACCUAAGGAAUAAUGCGGUGC